AUGAGAGACACCGGCAACCAGGCCAAGUACGAGCAGCUUUUGGACGACGCCGGUCUCGAAAUCCGCAACAACGACAAAGAGCACAACGACGACGACGAGAAUGCGACACUAGAGGAGGAUAAAGAGCAAAGUUCCGAGAUGUGGCUGACAACUGCGGAAUCAGCUAGCCUUGGGGCUGAAGAAGUGGCAGCCAGAUUACACGUUGAUAUUCGAACGGGACUUAGGUGGCAAGAGGCUGACCACAGGAGGCAGCUAGCUGGCUUCAAUGAGUUUACCGUGAAGGAGGAAGAUCCACCAUGGAAGAAAUAUAUCGAACAAUUUAAGAAUCCAUUGAUUCUUCUUCUACUUGCCUCUGCGUUUGUCAGUGUGUGCAUGAAGCAAUUUGACGACGCUGUCAGUAUUACUGUGGCUAUCAUAAUAGUGGUGACAGUUGCAUUUGUACAAGAAUACCGAUCGGAGAAAUCUUUAGAGGAAUUGAAUAAAUUGGUACCACCGAUAUGUCACUGCUUGAGAGAGGGCCGUCUAGAGACAUUUCUCGCGCGUAAUUUAGUUCCUGGUGAUAUUGUGUAUUUAAAUAUUGGAGACAGAGUACCUGCCGAUAUCCGGAUAUUCGAGGCCAUAGAUUUAGCGAUCGACGAGAGCAGUUUCACCGGGGAGACUGAGCCGGCGCAAAAGUCAACGGCUCCACUGCUGAAAACCAACGGGCUAACGUCCAAGAGGAACAUCGCCUUCAUGGGUACCCUGGUACGCUGCGGUAACGGCAAGGGAAUUGUAGUGAAUACGGGAGAAAAGAGUGAAUUUGGGGAAGUUUUCUCAAUGAUGCAGGCCGAGGAGGCGCCAAAGACUCCACUACAGCGAAGCAUGGACAUUUUAGGUACACAGCUGUCUUUCUAUUCGUUCUGCAUUAUCGGUAUCAUCAUGCUGCUGGGAUGGAUCCAAGGUAAGGCUAUCCUUGAGAUGUUUACCAUUGGUGUAAGCUUGGCGGUAGCCGCCAUACCGGAGGGCUUGCCUAUCGUCGUAACCGUGACACUGGCACUGGGAGUCAUGAGAAUGGUCAAGAGAAAAGCCAUUGUAAAGAAGUUACCAACCGUUGAGACUCUCGGCUGCGUGAAUGUAAUAUGUUCCGACAAAACCGGCACAAUCACGAAGAACGAGAUGACCGCCACGGUUCUCGUGACGUCAGAAGGUUACAUCGCUGAUGUUACCGGUGCAGGAUACAAUGGUCUGGGCGAAGUGCGAAUACGGAAGUGCGACAACGCCGAGCUUGCACGCACCGCUAUCAAUAAUAUGUUGGAAGUGGGUUGCGUGUGCAAUAACGCUAUCAUACAGAAUGACACUCUGCUCGGACAACCGACGGAAGGCGCGCUGAUAGCUGUGGCCAUGAAAUUUGGAAUGUAUGGCGUUGCCGAUAAAUAUUUGCGAUUGCAAGAAUAUCCAUUUUCUUCGGAGCAAAAAAUGAUGGCUGUGAAAUGCACACCAAAGUUUGGUGAGAACAGGCAAGAAAUCUACUUUGUGAAGGGCGCGCUGGAGAAGAUUCUGCCGCAGUGCACGAAAUAUUACGAGAACGGUCAGGUGUAUCCGCUAAGUCAGAAGAAAGAUCAGGAAUUCUUGACGGAAGCAUACGAUAUCGGCCAGCAAGGAUUGAGAGUAAUCGGCUUGGCACGUGGCUCUUCGUUGCAAGAUCUGAUUUACGUCGGUCUAGUCGGCAUCUGCGAUCCACCGAGACCGCACGUACGCGAAUCUAUCAGUAUUCUGAUAAACAGCGGUGUCAAGGUGAAAAUGGUGACGGGGGAUGCAAAGGAAACCGCAGCUGCGAUAGCCAGCAUGAUCGGUCUGGACACGCUCCACAGUCGAUUGUUGUCGGGAGACGAAAUGGACAUGAUGUCCGAACACCAGCUGGAACAAUGCAUCAGUAACGUCAGCGUAUUCUAUCGCGUAACGCCAAAGCACAAACUUUGUAUCGUGAAAGCCUUACAGAGGAACGGCAAUAUAGUAGGUAUGACUGGUGACGGUGUAAACGACGGGGUUGCGUUGAAGAAGGCGGACAUAGGCAUCGCCAUGGGAAAAAACGGCACUGACGUGUGCAAGGAAGCGGCCGACAUGAUUCUGGUCGACGACGAUUUUGGUACAAUCAUCGCGGCGAUCGAGGAGGGAAAAGGAAUCUUUCACAAUAUCCGUAACUUUGUGAGAUUUCAAUUGAGCACCAGCAUCGCUGCGCUCUCUCUGAUAGCUCUCGCGACAUUGAUGAGUAUACCAAAUCCGUUGAACGCGAUGCAAAUACUAUGGAUCAACAUUAUUAUGGACGGUCCACCCGCUCAAAGCCUUGGAGUAGAGCCAGUCGAUAAGGAUGUGUUAAAACAAAAGCCACGAAAUACAAAGGAGCCAAUGAUCACACGUCACCUUAUAAUUAACGUUUUAUUGUCAGCUACCAUCAUUAUUCUCGGCACCUUGUGGGUGUACAAUAGAGAGAUGGUUAACGGGAAUACCGCGAGAGACACCACCAUGACAUUCACCUGCUUCGUAUUCUUCGAUAUGUUCAAUGCGCUUAGCUGUAGAUCACAGACAAAGUCUAUAUUCACGAUCGGUUUGUGGAGUAACAAAAUGUUCCUGGUAGCAGUAACGCUAUCUGUCAUCGGACAGAUGCUCGUCAUUUAUUUCCCUCCGUUACAGAGAAUAUUCCAGACCGAAGCUCUUACGGCGAAAGAUCUCUUAUUUCUGGCAGCGUUGACGUCGAGCGUCUUCGUGAUCAGCGAGUUCAAGAAAUGUUUGGAGAGGCAGCUCCAGAAACGUCGCAAUGUUAACAACGGCCAGUAUUACAACAAAUUCGAAAUGGACUUUGUAUGACAGUUACAGUCUGCCGAGAAUAAGACGGCGGACAAAGAUCAUAACGAAUAAGUAUCGGGCAUCGAUACCGCCCCCUCGGCGCGGUCGUCCGUUCGUUCGCGUUCGUUAAUCAACACACAUUACUUCGCGCUAACAUAAUCGACUAUGCUUGCACCAUUCGUAACCUCACGUGUUACGCACCUAUCACACGAGAGUAAUAAUAGCGACACUUCUACGUAUUGAUUCGCAGUGACUGCGGUUUUUCUCUCCUUUUUUUUCCCUUUUAUUUUUGUUUAAUCGUUCACAAAUUGUCCGACUCUAUUUUCCGGCGCAUCGUACCAAGUUCCGAUGUGGUAAGUUACAUAGACUGUAGGUACUUAGGCUAUAUUUCACUGUUGUCCCCACAUCGAACUCUAUUCUAAUUGAGAUAAACACAAAUCUAUGAUGAUCGCUGAGGUCUGUAGACGUACUGUUCUCUUGCGUAGAAAAGUCGCGUAGAUGGUUCGCACUUUGUGCGCACUUAAUACAAUUCCCGCCAAAGCUUUAGUCACAUCAGCCGUUUAUAGCUGAUCUAACUAAUUGCUUAGCCAUUUUCCAUCGUCAUUCUUCCGCCAAAUGUAACAUGGCGCAGAAAAGACAUUUACUGUAUCACGCGCUGUCCAGCAAACGAGGGAGGUUUGAAACGCGUUGAAAUGGGACAGCUGCAUACGGCCGUGUAUCCUUCACGUGUAGUUUAUGAAUAAGUUAAUUGCCUCACGAUACUCUCCCCGUUUAAGAUUGUUAAAAUUAAAUUAACGUAGUCGAUGCUAAAACAAGCCAACAUUCGAUGAUGUAUUGACGACUCGCGCGGUAUUGCUCUCGCGUGGGGAUGAGUGAAUUAGUGAAACGGAGAAGAAGAAUCCGGGGACGCGACAGCUGCGGGCGUUUCAAUUAGAAUAGAGUUUACUGUGUCACUAUGAUGAAAUUACGAAUCACCAUACGAAUCGUCAUAGAUGAUAGCGGCGCUACUGCACAUUCCACGCACGUUUGAUAGAUCGACGACUUUUAAUGAUAUAUUCUGUAUCUAUAUGAUGUAGUCGUAGACUGCAGUUCGAAGUAACGUUUGCACUGAGAACCAUUCGUAAUCAUUCUUGUCUAAUACUUUUUUCUAAAGAUACCGCCACGGUUUGUACGUAAGAUCUACUUAGGACAGAAAAAAAAAUCUCGUCGAUAUCUCGCGUCAUCUGCGUUUAUCAUUCACUGUCGGUCAAUUCGUGCUAGAAGAAAGAGGAGCAAGAAAGAGAGAGAGAGAGAGAGAGAGAGAGAAGGAAGGGGGCGGGAGAGAGCGAAUCAUGCAGCAUCUUAGCGCAAGUAUAUAAGAAGACGAACAUAAACCGACGACUUACAAAGCGAUUGCAUUUAAGAAAGAUACACACAGUUGUAAUCGGCGGAAAUAAACGCUCUUACAAUGUUCCUUAAUUGUACGUUUACAGAACGAUGUGUACUUUCGACGGCAAGACAUGCACGAUGAUGCUCAUCUGAUUAAAUAAAUUGGUUGUUUUGGAUGACGCACAA